AUGGGGAAUAUGUGUGAGGCAAGUAGUUCACCAACCAGGAUAAGCUCAUUGGAUAAAUUUGAAAAUGGUCCUGUGUUUGAUGAAUCUCCCACCAUUUAAAGUGCCUCACCUAAAAGGAGGAAAGUAAAUCGAGAUGAUUUUCUAAAUUUAGGAUUAAUUGGCAAAGGAGCAUUUGGGUCAGUCUACAAGAUAAUGAAAAAGGACAAUGGACAGAUAUAUGCCAUGAAGGAAUUAAAAAAAUAAACUUUGUCAGAUCAUAAUUUAGAAACAGUUAAUUUCUUAGAAAGAUUUGUAUUGAAAAGCAGCGAAUGCCCAUUUAUUGUCAAAUUGAGAUAUGCCUUUUAGACAUCCUCAAGAUGUUACUUCGUGAUGGACUAUAUAUCAGGAGGUGAUUUACAUAGAGUUUUAAAAAAGAAUGGUGCAUUACCUGAAAAAGUAGUGAAAUUUCUUGUUGCAGAGAUCAUCUUGGCCCUGGAAUAUCUCCACACACAACUCAAAAUUAUAUACAGAGACCUGAAACCAGAAAAUAUUUUACUUACAGAAACUGGACACAUAAAGUUAACUGAUUUUGGAUUAGCCACUUACAUCAAGGAUGAACACACUUAUACAAUUGCGGGAACUCCUGAGUAUUUGGCACCUGAAAUUAUUGCUCGAUCUGGCCAUACCUAUGAAGUUGACUUUUGGACUUUAGGAAUACUUAUCUAUGAGAUGCUUUCAGGCUAAGCACCCUUUACUUGCGAAGAUCGUAAUGUAUGCACCAUACAAAAUCUCAUUAUGCAAAACAAACCCAUCUAUUCUCCAAAAAUCUCAAGCAAUGCUCGUAGCCUAAUUUCUAGUCUUUUGAGAUUCAAUCCUAAAGAGAGAUUAGGAGCUAAGUCCUUUGAUGAUCUCAAACGUCACAAUUUCUUUUAGAACAUCGAUUUUCUAGCACUCUCUCAAGGUCAAUUACAAUCUCCUCUUGAGACUGUAGCUUAAAAAAACAAAGUGGAAUAGGAAGAGUCUUUGAGUCCCAUUAAAAACGAGGAUAGACUCUAAAACAGUCCUCUAAAUUGCUUACCUAUAGAUGACUUUAGUUAUGAUCCUCAUCUUGAAAAUGAAACUAAUGCCCUGAAAGGUUGAAAUAUUUGUGCAUUUUCAAUUAAGAAUUCUUAAUAUCUCUUAUUA